CAGUCUUCAGACUCAGAGAAAUCGUCAACAAAUUAUCCAGAAACAAAUCUAUCUGCUAGUCAGGAAAAAUCAGCAGACAUACAAGGUGAUGGUGACUUUUCAGUGCCUGGACCAAACACUACAGUGUCUACAAUGCCUGCUUCUUCAGUAGUCAGUAGCCAACCACCUGCCACCCCACCCAUGUCUAGGGGACGAACAUUACCAUCCACACCUUCUACACCAAGCAGUCUACAUCAAAGACUUUCCAGUCCCCACAACUUCAAAAGACAACCCACUUCGACCACUUCAGCUAGCCCUCCUGUUAACAGGAAACUCCCUACACCACCAGCUGUUCAGAGGAGGCUUCCCAGUCCACCAGUGGCAAAGGAAAAUACUUUAGACUCAAAUUCACCCCCCUACCCUUUCAAAGGACCAUCUCCUUCCUCCUCCUACCCUUUCAAAGCACCAUCUCCACCAGCCUCGCCAAAAGUAAAAAGAUGGUCAAGGGAGAACAGCAGUGAAGACUUAACUAGUUCUCGGAUGAUAAGUAAUGCACGUUCAGUCUUCUGCCCUGUGUCUCCAUCCCUGUUUGAGGCCCAGCCUUGUCCAGUCCCUCGACCCCCUCAAGCAUGGACCUCUACUGGGGUCUCUUUUCUCUCACGUUCUUGGGGGAGUCGUGGGAGAUUCCCUGUAUCUGUUCAAGGACCUCGACCCUUCAUCCGGCGUAGUCAUUCAGACCGAAGACCAAGUCUAAAUCUGCCACCAAGAUCGCCAGGCAUCUCUGUGGCUGAGACUUGUGGGAGUGAGCCAGCAAUAUAUUCAAAAGGGCUUGAUGAUGAACCAACCAGGGAUGAUGACUUAUGGGGUAGCCAAUCAGACCUCAGAGCUACACCACGCUCUGCAUCACACCCAGACCUGUGUGUUGUUGGACAGUCCUUGCACAGAGACUAAAGGGGCCAAUGUAGGGCCAGUAGGAUUAUGGAUUA